AUGUUAAUUACUUGCCUUUUCUCUCUCUCUCUUUUUCUUUUCCUUCCUUUCCAUCCUGGGCUUUGGGAUGAGUUAUUCAAAAGAGAAACUUUCUUUCUUUUAAGCCCUUCUUUCUUUCUUUCUUUCUUUUCUAAUAUAUAUAACACAAUUUAUUUGUUUUUUGUUUCCCCAACAAUUUUUUAUUGGAUUAGAUUUGGUUCUUUCUUUCUUUUCUUUCUUUCUUUUAAUCUUUCAAGACAUCAAUUCUUUCUUUUCUUUGUUUACAGAUUUGUUUCUUGUUUUCUUUCUUUUGUUUAUAAAGAUUUGCAUUUAUUUGUUUCGUUUAUUUGUUUCUUUGUUUCUUUAUUUGUUCGAUUACAGUUCUUUCUUUUAAGCCCUUCUCUUUAUAUAAAGUUUAUUUGUUUAUUUGUUUAUUUGUUUCUCAAGCAACAGUUUUUUCUUGUUUACUUUCUUUUUUUUUUCUUUCUUUCUUUCUUAACAAUUCUUUUACACUUUAUUGUUUCUUUGUUUUCUUUAUUUUUCAGUUCUUUCUUUUGCUUCUCUAUUUGUUUCUUUCUUUUUUUCGAUUUUUUCUUUCUGACUUUCUUUCUUUCAUUUCUUUUUCUUUCUAGCUUACAAUUCAACUUUUCAACUUUGUUUUAUUUGUUUAAAUUCCUUUAUUUUUAUUCUCUUUCUUUCUUUCUUUUCUUUCUUCCCUUUCAACAGAUUUGUUUAUUUGUUUAUUUGUUUCUUUGUUUCUUUAUUUGUUGGUUCUUUCUUAAAAGCCUUCUUUUCUUUCUUUCUUUCUUCUUUCUUUCUUUAACUACAAGAUUCAUAUUCUUUUAUUCACAAGACAUAUUCUCUUUCAGCCCUUCUUUUUUCUUAUUUCUUUCUUAUAUGCUAACUUGCAUUUCUUCGAUUUUGUGCAUCCCUUCUUUCUUUCUUUCUUUCUUUCUUUCUUUCUAUGCUAGCUUACAAUUCUUCCUUUUAGCACUUUGUUUAUUUGUUUAUUUGUUUAUUUGUUUCUUUAUUUGUUCGAUUACAGUUCUUUCUUUUAAGCCCUUCUUUCUUUUUUUCUUUUAUUUUCUUUAA